AUGGUCAAGCUUACAGAGGUUGAGGACGAGCACUUCGCCCAGGAGAAGCCCCAGGCCAGCAAGCACAACGUUCUCCUGGCUUCUGAUGACGAAGACGACGACUACACCGACACUGAAUCCGAGAUCUCCGUUGAGUCCGACUAUGACCUUGAAGGCGAGACGCUCUACGAGCGCCUGUCCGCCUUGAAAGAUAUUGUUCCUCCCUCCGCCCGUCUGCAAGUCACCAACACUGUUUCCACCGUCACCUCGUUCGCAAAGUCUAGCAUUGCCUUCAGCGGCAAGGCGCUCUGGAUUCUCAGCACCAGUGCCUUCCUUCUCGGUGUCCCGUGGGCUCUUGCGUACGCCGAAGAGGAGCAGUACAUUCAGAUGGAGCGUGAGCAGGGUAUGAUCAAGGGAGCUAAUGAGAUGCUCGCCCCCGGAGCUCCCUCCACGGAUGAGCAGCAGGCUCAGCCUACUCUAUAG